AUGCGUUCCGCUCAAUUCCUUGCCCUCGCGAUGGCCGUCGCUACUUCCGAGGCCGUCUCUCAGGGUUUCAACUACGGUGCUCUCAAGGUUGAUGGCAGCCUCAAGACCCAAUCCGACUUCGAGACCGAGUUUUCUACUGCUAAGAACCUUGUUGGAACCGACAAUGCCUUCACCAGUGCCCGUCUGUACACCAUGAUCCAGGGUGGCACUACCAACGGCCCCAUUGAGGCCAUCCCCGCCGCUAUCAAGGAGAAGACCACUCUUCUCCUCGGCCUCUGGGCUUCCGGUGGUGGCAUGAGCAACGAGAUUGCUGCCCUCAAAACCGCCAUCUCCACCUACGGCGAUGCCUUCACAGACCUGGUCGUCGGUAUCUCCGUCGGCAGUGAGGAUCUUUACCGUAACUCCGUUACCGGUGUCAAGGCCAAAGCCGGUCUUGGUGUCGAGCCCACCGAGCUUGUCGACUACAUCAACCAGGUCCGCUCCGCCAUCUCCGGUACUUCCCUGAGCGGUGCCCCCAUCGGCCACGUCGACACCUGGAACUCAUGGACCAACGGCUCCAACUCUGCCGUUAUCGAGGCCGUCGAUUGGCUCGGUUUCGAUGGAUACCCCUACUACGAGAACACCGACCCCAACUCCAUCGACGAUGCCAAGGCCCUCUUCAACAAGGGCGUUUCGAACACCAAGGCUGUCGCCGGCGGUAAGGAGGUUUGGAUCACCGAGACUGGCUGGCCCACUACCGGCGCCACCGAGAACCAGGCUGUCGCCAACGUCGCCAACGCCAAGCAGUACUGGGACGAAGUUGCCUGCCCUCUGCUGGGAGUCACCAACACCUGGUGGUACAUCCUCGAGGAUGCCGGUACUACCGCCCCCAGCUUCGGUGUCACUGGCUCCUCCACCGACACCACCCCUCUGUACGACUUGAGCUGCAAGGCCUCUACAUCUUCCAGCUCUGCCGCCUCUUCCUCCAGCACCUCGGGUGCCGGUAUCGCCGAGAAGUCUGGUGUCGUCUCCGGCGCUUCUGCCUCCGCCACUGGCUCCGCCUCCGGCUCUGAUGCCUCUGGUUCCAGCUCUGGCUCUUCUUCCUCCGGCUCUGGCUCUUCUUCCUCUGGCUCUGGCUCUGGCUCCAGCUCUGGCUCUUCUUCCUCCGGCUCCGGCUCUUCUUCCUCUGGCUCUGGCUCUGGCUCUGGCUCUGGCUCUGGCUCUGGCUCUGGCUCUGGCUCUGGCUCUGGCUCUGGCUCUGGUGUCUCCGGCUCCGGCUCUGGUGGCUCUGGCUCCUCCUCCGCCGGUGCUUCCUUCCCAUCUGUGACCCCCGGUGUCCGCCCCUCCACCAAGCCCAAGUCCAAGAGCGCUUCUGCUUCUGCCUCUGCCUCUGCCUCUGCCUCCGCUUCCGGAUUCGCCUCCAGCACUGCCUCUGGAUCCUCCGCUACCGCCACUGGUGGUAACAAGGGCUCAGGAUCUUCUGCCUCUGGCUCCGGUUCCGGUUCCGGUUCUGGUUCCGGCUCUUCUUCCUCCGACUCUGCCUCCGCCUCCCCCACCCUUUCCUCCAGCUCUGCCACCCGUGUCGCCGGCUCUGCUGCCGGUGCCCUGGUGGUUGCUCUCGCCCUUGCUUUCACUUUCUAA